AUGUCCAGCACCCGUGUAACACAUCUACAACCGGGUCCCUUUACACGCAAAAAGAUGGACACCCCUCCAGCGACAGCGUCGUCCCAGAAUGUCACUUUACCCGUCAUCCCAGAGCUUUACUCUCCAGACUUUCUAGACAUCAUCUUGCCCGUCCAGCAAAAUGUGGUGCAUGAGCCCGCACCCACGACGGUCCCUGAGGCGCGCAAUCCUAUGAUGGAUGCGCUUCAGGCGACAGCCCAUCAGACCUUCACGGAAAACGGUGCGCCGGCGUUCUCAUCCACGCUCUCACCCACCCUGGAUGCCUUCCAGGCGUUGCGACCGUACGCGCAUGGGCCGAGCAUCCCACGAUAUCUUGACGCAUCAUGGGAGGAUGACCCGCAACUCACGCUGCGCAUCAUAUGGCACCUACGAAGCAUCCACGAUGGCAAGGGCGAGAGGGAAGUCUUCUACCAGGCUUUCGGAUGGUUGUACGCCAAGCAUCCGCGAACUGCUAUCACGAACCUGCCGCGGCUAAUUGAACCCCUGUGCACGCAUCCGAAAGGUCCGAAAGCGCGUCGUGGGGGCAUGCCACACGGCUGCUGGAAAGAUCUCCUCAACAUCGUCGCCCUCGCGGAGGUUGACGAGCUACAGCCAAGGGAUGAGCCUGCGACGUUCCUGCAUGCGCCCCGUGGUCGUGAGGCGGUUCGGCGCGCGGUGCGACGUACGAAUGCUCAGGGAAUCGACGUCACAAAAUCUGGGCGGGCGCAUGCGAACCACGCGCGCCUCGAGACCAAACUCAUGGAGCCAGAGUUUCGCGCACUCUACGUGAUGGUAGCUCGCCUCUUCGCGGAGAAGCUCACGCAGGACGUGUCGAUCCUCAGGCAGAUGGAAGAGGUGAAGCACGGCUCCGAAGAGUGGUGGGUUCUGUCAAAACGGCUGUCACUGAUAGGAAAAUGGGCUCCGACACCGCAGGGCUCCCAUGACCGCGUCACGAACCUCAGCACUGCGAUCUGUCUGCUCCUGCACGACGCCGGUGUGUUCUCAGACUUACGUGUCGCUGUGUCACGCGAUACGCCGCUGCCUGCGCUCGAAACACACAUCCUACGCUCGUACUACCAACGUUGGGUGCUGACGCCCCUCCGGCGCACGCUCGCUGUGCCCGAGCCGCUGAUGUCGGCUGGGCGCUGGAAGGAAAUUGACUAUACGCGCGUGGCUUCGUGGUGCAUGAAAACAAACGCGGUGCGCUUCUACAAGCAUGAUCCGGACGGCUUCGAGGCCUACAUGGUCAAGGUCGAGAGCGGCAAGAAGACGAUGAACGGUGCGACGCUGAUGCCGCACGAGAUCGUGAAGGCCGUGCAAGCCGUGGAGCGCGAGUCUACCAGGACGCAGCCGGGAUUGCAGAAACUCGAGCGCAAGGUCAGGCAGAUGCAGAUGCGCGUCCUUGAGGCACAGUGGACGUCACUCGUACAGCGUCUGCGUGAGGCGGGCAGCCUCGACAGCGCACUCGCUGUAUGCGACGUCUCCGGCUCGAUGGCGGCCCAGCCCAUCCAAGUCGCUCUCGCCCUCUCGCUCGUCACAGCGCAGCUCGCUAGGCCCCCCUUCUCUGGCGGCUUCAUCACGUUCUCGAAAUCUCCCCAGUUUCUGACCGUCGACGUCGAGCGCAACGGCCUCGCACGCACGCUAGGAGAGAUGGUGCGGUCGGAGUGGGCCAUGAACACGGACCUCCAUGCCGUCUUCGUGGACCUCCUGCUCCCCCUCGCUGUAAGAAACAAGGUCAAGCAGGAGGACAUGAUCAAGACGCUCUUCGUGUUCUCAGACAUGCAGUUUGACGAAGCCACGGAAGCGGACGCCACUGCGUGGGAGACCAACCACGACGCCAUUGAGCGGGCGUACGCAGAGGCUGGGUACGAGGUUCCGCGGAUCGUCUACUGGGAUCUCGCAGCGCACCGUGGUCCGGGGAUGGCGGCGGUCCCUGUGACGGCCAACCGUAAGGGUGUCGCCCUCAUGAACGGGUUCUCGCCUGCUCUGAUGAAGGUGUUCGUGGGCGACGCCAACGCUGAAGAGGCUGCAGAGGAGGUUGAGGAUGGAUGGGAGAAGGUGAAAGGGGAGUCAGACUCGGAGUUCGACCCGCUCAGUAUAAUGAAGAAGGCCGUCUCAAACAAGAGCUUCGAUGGGCUCGUUGUGAAUGUCACGCUACCUACCAUCCCUGAGCUCUAUUCUCCGGAUUUCCUCGACAUCCUCUUACCUGCGAAGGAGCACGUCGUGGCUGUACCUGAGCCUGAGGUAGUUCCCGAUCCCCGGAGUCCUUUCAUGGAUGCGCUCCUAGCGACAGCGCAGCAUACGGUCACGGAGAACGGCGCGCCUGCGUACUCGUCUACGCAAUCACCUACCCUGGAUGCCUUCCAGGCACUGCGGCCACGCGCGCAUGGGACGAAUAUCUCGCGGUACCUCGAAGCAGCAUGGGAGCACGACCCGCAGCUUACGUUGCGCAUCAUCUGGCACUUGCGAAGCAUCCACGAUGGCAAGGGUGAGAGGGAGGUCUUCUAUCAGGCGUACGGGUGGUUGUACGAGAAUCAUCCACGGACCGCUGUUGUCAACCUGCCGCGUCUCGUCGAACCGCUGUGCACGCGUCCGUAUCGGACCGAGGGACUGUCGCAUGGUUAUUGGAAAGAUCUCCUGAACAUCGUUGCUCUCGCUGAGCUCGACGAGCUGUCGCCCAGGACUGAGCCCGCAACGUUUCUGCAUACCCCCGUCGUCCACCCCUUGGAGCUCCGACGAGUCCUGAGGCGACCUGGAGGAGAUGAACCUACAAGGUCAGAGCGUAACCAGGCGAACUUCGAGCGCCUCGAGGCCAAGCUCCAGGAGCCCCGGUUUCGUGCUCUCUACGUGAUGGUGGCACGUCUCUUCGCAGAGAAGCUUGUUCAAGACUUGGCCCUUCUCCAACAGAUGGAGAACGUGAAACACGGUUCGGACGAGUGGUGGGUGCUGUCGAAGCGGCUGUCGCUCGCAGGGAAGUGGGCACCGACGCCCCAGGGCUCCCAUGACCGCGUCACCAACCUUAGUACCGCGAUUGGUUUGCUGCUGCAUGACGCGGGCCUCUCAGCGAACCUUCGCAUCCAAGUGUCCCGCGACGCGCCCCUGGCUGUACUCGAGACGCACAUCUUACGCUCAUACUACCAACGUUGGGUGCUAACGCCCCUCCGACGCACGCUCGUUGUGCCCGAACCGUUGAUGUCGGCAGGGCGCUGGAAGGAGAUCAACUACUCGCGUGUGCCCGCGCUGUGUAUGAAGAUCAACACCGUGCACUUCUACAAGCACGACCCGGAGGGCCUCGAAGGGUACAUGUACAAAGUCGAGAGCGGUAAGAAGAAGAUUAGCGGGGCGACGCUGAUGCCGCACGAGAUCGUGAAGGCCGUGCAAGCCGUGGAAUGCGACCACGUCUGGGGACCACCGGCAUUGCAGGAACUCAAGCGCAAGAUAAAACAGAUGCAAAUCCGUGUUCUCGAGGCUCAAUGGACAUCGCUCGUGAAUCGUCUACGGGAGGCAGGCAGGCUCGACAGCGCGCUCGCUGUGUGCGACGUCUCUGCCUCGAUGGCGGGCCAGCCCAUCCAAGUGGCCCUCGCUCUGUCGCUCAUCACCGCGCAGCUCGCGAAGCCCCCGUUCUCUGGCGGCUUCAUCACGUUCUCCAGAUGUCCCCAGUUCCAGACCGUCGAUGUUGAACGUGUCGGCCUCGUACGCGCAUUACGGGAAAUGGAACAUUCGCACUGGGACAUGAACACCAAUCUCCAUGCCGUCUUUGUGGAUCUGCUCUUGCCUCUCGCUAUCGCAAACAAGGUCAAGCCAGAGGACAUGAUCAAGAUUCUUUUCGUUUUCUCGGACAUGCAGUUUGACGAGGCCACUGAAACGACAGCCGCAGAUGCUCACAGGAGUCGGGGCGUAACUACAAAGUGGGAGACAAACCACGAUGCGAUUGAGCGCGCGUACAAAGAAGCUGGAUACGAGGUCCCGCGGAUCGUCUAUUGGGAUCUCGCGCAGCACAACGAAGCGGGGAUGCCAGCGAUCCCAGUGACGGCUGAUCGGAAGGGCGUCGCUCUCAUGAAUGGAUUCUCUCCUGCUCUGCUCAAGGUGUUCAUGGGUGAAGCGGACGUCGAUGACGUCGCGAUAGAGGUUGACGCCAAGCCUCAGCAGGAAGAGGUGGUUGGGCAGGAUGACUUUGACCCAUUGAGUGUUAUGCAGAAGGCCGUUUCGAGCAAGAGCUUUGACGGACUGGUUGUCUUGGACUAG